AGAGACGUAGCUAUACGAGCUUAGCCGCUAUUACCAGUUCUGUACAAGAAAUGGAUUAUUAGCUAAACAUGCUAAGUAGUAAGUUUUAGUUAUAAUUGGCCACGUCUUGUUUUGCAGAUGCAUUAAGAGCGGGAUUGAGUUCACGUGGAUGGGCGUUAAAAGGCGAUACGUGUAUUUAAGAGAUAAGAGAUAUCUAGCGAAGAAAGUGUCUCGAGUCGUCUUCGUGGUCUUCCUCUCUGCCUCUGGACUUAGACAUGAAGGUUUUAAACAUCAAAUGACUCUGAGCAGCCAUGCGGAGUCCAAGUGGACGUUCAGCGGUGCCCGAUUGGAUCCUGUAGCAGGAUUUGUGUGUGUGUGAAUGUAUGUGUGUGUGUGUGUGUGAGGUGUGUGUGUGUGUGUGUGUGUGAGUGAAUGAAUGAGUGCGUGUGUGUUUGAUUGUGCGAGUGCAUGCGUGGGUUGUUCGUGUAUGAGUGGGUGCUCAUGCUAGCACACGCUGCCUCAGUCUGGAAGUAACGAGGCACACGCCAACCGUGAAGGAUUAACGUGACGUGUACACGUCGUCGUGGAUUCAGCCGUACAGGCCGAUUUGCGUGCAGGUUUAUAUUUCUGUCCUACCCUCUCCACUAAACCCCUGGCCCUUGUUUUGACACCUCUCUGCUUUGCAUGGCCGGCGAGUAACCGUGGAGAGGCCAGGGUACCACAAGCUUAUGGAUUUUGAUAAGAGAGGUGGGAGGGCAGACGCUGACGAGGGCAGAAGGAUGUCCAAACCGGGCGGGGGGAGGCCCGGGCACACGGGCCGGGGCACAGGCGGGAACUCCGGCGUUCUUAUGGUCGGACCCAACUUCCGCGUGGGAAAGAAGAUCGGCUGCGGGAACUUCGGAGAGCUGCGGCUCGGCAAGAACCUCUACACCAACGAAUACGUGGCGAUUAAACUGGAGCCAAUUAAGUCGAGGGCACCACAGCUUCACUUGGAGUACAGAUUUUAUAAACAGUUGGGAAGCUCAGAAGGGAUCCCCCAGGUGUUUUACUUCGGGCCAUGCGGGAAGUACAACGCCAUGGUCCUGGAGCUCCUCGGGCCCAGUCUGGAGGAUCUGUUCGACCUCUGCGACCGCACUUUCUCCCUGAAGACCGUCCUCAUGAUAGCCAUACAGUUGAUCACACGCAUGGAGUACGUCCACACCAGGAGCUUGAUCUAUCGAGACGUGAAGCCAGAGAACUUUCUAGUCGGGCGACCGGGCAGCAAGAGACAGCACACCAUCCACAUCAUCGACUUUGGGCUUGCCAAAGAGUACAUCGACCCAGAGACCAAAAAACACAUCCCGUACCGGGAACACAAGAGCCUCACGGGGACGGCUCGCUACAUGAGCAUCAACACACACCUGGGCAAAGAGCAAAGCAGGCGAGACGACCUGGAAGCGCUGGGGCACAUGUUCAUGUACUUUCUGAGAGGCAGCCUGCCCUGGCAGGGACUAAAGGCCGACACACUGAAGGAGCGCUAUCAGAAGAUCGGAGACACCAAGCGAGCGACGGCGAUCGAAGUUCUCUGUGAGAGUUUCCCAGAAGAGUUAGCGACGUACCUGCGCUACGUCCGGAGGCUGGACUUCUUCGAGAAGCCUGACUACGACUACCUGAGGAAGCUCUUCACUGAUCUCUUCGACAGAAACGGCUACGUCUUCGAUUAUGAGUAUGACUGGGUCGGCAAGCCUCUUCCCACACCCAUCGGCCCUAUCCCGAGUGAUACACCGCAACCAAGCAGCCGAGACAAAGCACAGCAGCAGACCAAAGCCCAGUCGCCCGAGCCCAAACGGAGCGAGUCCCAGCCCGCUCCCAUCAGUAAGGAGACUCUGGGGUCCCAUCAUAAGAUACCUCGUUUUGGCACCUUCAUACAGAUAAUGAGCUCGACCAACGGAGAGCUGAACACAGACGACCCGACCGCAGGACACUCCAACGCACCGAUCACAGCCGCAACAGAGGUGGAAGUCACAGACGACACAAAGUGCUGCUGUUUCUUCAAACGGAGAAAGAGGAAAACCCUCCAGAGACACAAGUGAACAUCGCUCUCAGAAGAGAACCCGAGCCGCUCGGAUCACCGUCGAGUUUUAAACGGAAGCGAACACACCGCUUACUCCUUCCUCCCUCUUUUAAUCUUCCCUUCUUUUUUCGCUUCUCCACUUACUCUCCUUGUCUCGCGUUCUCCGCCCCGCGUCUAUCGCUCGGAAGCCCGCGCCGACGCUGCUCUUCCGUCGGAGCGCUAAAGGAACGUCGCUGACUUCACAACAGACUCUUUAUUCCCUUUUGAGAUGCUAAAAAUAGAAGAUGUAAAGAAAAAAGAUCCUCCCACUUACGGGGUGAUGACGAACCGUAUAAAAAAAACUAAUGACGAUGAACGAGCACCGUGACGUGAAAUUAAAAACAUGAUGCUGUCGUUGUAGAUUCCAUGCAGAACAUUUUGUCGAUCCGAGGACGCUGACGGAUCGGAUUCUUUUUUUUUUUCUUUUUUUUUUUUUUUUCCUACAGCUGUAGAGUUUUUUUUUUUUGUUUCAGAUCGGUGGGCAAAACCUGCAAAGGAAGAAAGAUUUGGUUCAUCUCAAGCUUUUUUUUUUUGGUAUUGAUCUAAAAAUCUUUGGCUGCUUUUGGAGCUGAAUAACUGGGUUGAAAGGAAACCUUCAUGUUUUAUGUUGUAGUGACCUGGGAUUUUUUUUUUAUUGCUUUUUCGUGUGUGCGCGCGCGUGUGUGUGCGCGUGUGUGUGUGUGUGUUUUUCUCUGUUCUUUUGAUGUGGACUGUGUAGCACAGUGACUGGUCUCAGGUACUGUGGAUCAUGGGGAGAUGAAUCAAUUCCAAGCUCUCGGUUUAUUAUUGCACUUUCGAAAGGCAAAAAAAAGAGACGAUGAAAAAAAAAAAAGGACAAGAGAGACAAAGAAAUCUAUGAGACUGCCCUAGGAUGAAUCCCACGCAAAGACGACGGGACGGAAUCCACAGGCGAGACGGACGCCCUCCUCUUUUAUGUUUCACAUUAGAUUUAUUUACCAGGAAAUCAUAGUUUGUGCCUUUCCAAGUAAAAUGUUUAAAGUUAAA